UUGAUAAUGAUCCAUUUUUGAAAGUGUUACACGAGCAAAAUAAAUAAUUUGUUUCAUCAAUCUGCGUCUCAAUUGCCAUCCGAGGUUGUUUAGUGUUUACCGUACCGUGUGCUCUUCUCCCUCUUAUCUCAGAGUUAUCUGUGAUUGCUCUGUGGCCCAAGGAAUCUCUUAUGCUAUGUUAACUCCUUCAUGAUUAGCAACAUUCACGAAUCAUUAACAUAAUAUGGCGGAUACGAAUAGUGUGGAUUACUGGAAGAAUGAAGCGUUAUCAUGGAAAUCUAAGUGCGAAGAAGCCCAGCAGGAACUGGAAGAAUUCAGCAGCAGUAGUCGUGAGUUGGAGCAGGAACUCGAGAAGGAGCUCAAGCAGGCUGAACAGUCCAAUGCCAUUUUACGAUCAGAUUUAAGUCGUCUGCGAGACGAAAGCCGUUCAGCCAAGGAGCUGGAGCAGAGGAAUACGAGGCGCAUCGAGGCCUUGGAGGAGCAGGUGAAGAAUUAUGAAGCUCAGAAAUCCAGCAUGACACAGUACAGAAGGGAGCUCGAGCAGAAGAACGAUGAACUGGAAACUAACUACAGGAACCUGACGGCAUCCUUGGAGGAUCAUGCACGGAAGAUUGAAGCGCUCAUCGAGGAGAAAGCGCUGCUGGAGAACGAGCUCGAACAGUCGCGUGGGCAGAAAUUAGCCGAACAGCGUCUGCGUGAUGAAUUAAAAGAUCUUCGUGAUGAGAUGACAGCCCGUAACCGAUCUGACGAAGCACGACAGGCGGCGCAACGCGAACGACGCCGCACGGUGGAUCAGAAUUUCCAGCAGUCGGACAACGAAAUCAGUCGACUGCAGGCCAUCGCUAGCGGCGGGGACGUCUCGCCCCUCGUCAACGGGCACGACAACAGUGACUUCCUUCAUAAAGCCUGCAAAGAACGAGAAGCCGAAUUAACGAGCGCACUGCGGACACAGUGCGAAUCCAAAUCAAUUGUCCAGAACCUCAUUCGUAAAUUGACGUUUCUGGAGACAAGGACUUCCGCUGUCCAGAAAUCUCCAGCUGCGCGUCCCAACAACGCCACGCCGAAGUGAGACGCCGCUACACCACGGAUGCCUGACGUGUGAACGAGUCAAAUGGGUCUCAUGAUCUCUGUAUUGUUUUUUCGCUGCGCCUAUCGGGGGAUAAUCUGGGUGAUUCCCUGAUUUCCCGGCCAAAUUAUAGCGGUCGUUACUCGUUACUGUCGACGUUGUGCAGUGGCGAUUCUUUGUUUACUUUUGAAUUCUGAUCAGCUCUGUGAAUUUCUGUGUGGCCUGUACAAAGACUCAUUAAGAUGCAUUAGAGACAUGCAUUUACCCUGUGUCUCAUUUUAUUAUAUAUUCCUUUUUCGUUUAUUUACUGGCAUUCUGGGCUACUUAUACGGCGAAACAUGGACGCUGUUUCCGGGAUUAUGUUGAUUGUUGUAACUCGAUUAACGAUAUAACAAUAACAUCGUCUAAAUU